GAUCAACCCCUUGAGAACUGUUCCAUGGUCUGUUGAGUGUCCUGAGAACUGUUCCAUGGUCUGUUGUGCGUCCUGAGAAGUGUUCCAUGGUCUGUUGAGUGGCAUCAGCACCAGUCAUGUACCAGGUGGUACCAGGGGGAGCGGGGGGCACCAUCACAGAUGUCAUCCCCAAGCAGAAGCACAGCAAGGACACCCGACCCAUCGUGGGCGCCGGAGUCCUGGGCCUGGUCCUGGUGAUCUCGGCGGUGGCGGCGUGGUCUUACUACAUCGCCUCGCUGCGGAAAGCUGAACUGCUGAAGACUCAGCUGCUGGACCUGAACAAAGAUGGCUACAUCAUCCGCAACCAGGGAGGGGCGAUUGUCUUCAGAAUGGACUUUAGAUCCGGGACUUUGGAUUUGGACUCUUGCACUAAAGAAGGGGAGCUCCUGAGCUGUGGACGGACCACUGACAGAAGUCUCAACUUCUUCAUCGAGACGGUGCGGCCCAAGGACACGGUGCAGUGCUACCGUGUGCGUUGGGAGGAACUGGUUCCUGACAUUUCUGUCGAGCACGCCAUGACGUACAAAUUCGCCCACUGGUAUGGCGGUGCGGUGUCAGCUAUCCAACACUGGCCCAUUUCCCUCUCUGGGCAACAGUCUCCAAAACCCUUCGUUACGAGUGACAUCUACACAAACCGCAAUGAGUUUGGAGGAAUCUUGGAGAGCUAUUGGCUUUCCUCCAAUGCCACGGCAAUUAAGAUUAAUAAUUCCGUGCCGUUCCAUCUGGGCUGGAAUGACACAGAGAAGACGAUGUACUUCCAAGCUCGCUACAAUGACAGUCCCUUCAAGCCAUACCCAGGGGAGGCUCCAAGCGCUGAACUGAGUUACCGAGUAUGCGUCGGCUCUGAUGUGACAUCCAUACACAAGUACAUGGUCCGUCGGUACUUCAACAAACCAAACAAAGUGCCUGCGAAAGCCAUGUUUCAGCACCCUAUUUGGUCCACAUGGGCGCAUCAUAGGACUGACAUCGAUCAAGACAAAUUUUUGAAAUACGCCGCCAACAUCCGCAAGUAUAAUUUUAACUGUAGCCACUUGGAACUAGAUGACCGUUACACGCCCCGCUAUGGAGAAUUUGAGUUUGACCCAAACAAGUUCCCCAAUGCCUCCUCCAUGUUUCAAAAGCUCAAAUCAGAUGGAUUUCUCGUGUCCCUCUGGAUCCACCCUUUCGUCAACUACGAUUCUGAGAACUUCCAUACUUGUGUGGAGAGGGGCCUGUUUGUCCGAGAGCCCACAGGCCGUCUGCCGGCUUUGGUACGUUGGAAGAACGGCAUCGGUGGAAUUGUGGAUUUCACCAACCCCGAAGCUCGAGAUUGGUUUGCCUCCCAGCUUCGGUCCUUCCGCUUCAGAUAUGGGGUAUCCUCUUUCAAAUUCGACGCGGGCGAAACCAACUACUUACCGUGGAAGUUCAGUACCAGAACUCCCAUCCGGGAUCCAAGUUUUUUCACGAGACGCUACACAGAAAUGGCUAUUCCGUACAACGACCGAGCAGAGCUGCGUAGUGGCUACCAAUCGCAGAACAUAUCAUGCUUCUUCAGGCCUAUUGACAGGGACUCUGUGUGGGGCUACGAGUUGGGGCUCAAAUCCCUCAUUCCCACAGUGCUCACCAUCAGCAUUCUGGGUUAUCAGUUUAUUCUACCAGACAUGAUCGGAGGGAACGCCUAUCUGAACCACACAGAUGGAAACAGGGCCUUACCCGACCGAGAACUCUACAUACGCUGGCUGGAGUUGUCCGCUUUCAUGCCCUCCAUGCAGUUUUCUAUCCCACCGUGGGCAUACGACAACGAGGUGGUUGAAAUAGCUCGCAAAUACACCGAUCUGCAUCAGAGCAUUGUGGCGCCACGAGUUCUGGAGCUGGCCGGCGAGGUGCUGGACACCGGUGACCCCAUCAUACGACCUUUGUGGUGGAUUGCCACGGGUGACGAGACGGCCUAUAAAAUUGACUCCCAAUUCCUGAUUGGCGAUGACCUCAUGGUCGCGCCUGUUUUAGAACCGGGGAAGCAGGAGCGUGAUAUUUACCUCCCCGCUGGUCGCUGGAAGAGCUAUAAAGGGGAAAGGUUCGAUAUCAAAGAGCCACUGCACCUCACAGACUACCCUGUAGACCUGGAUGAAAUUGCUUACUUUGUUUGGGUCUAGGACAGGGGUCGGCAACCCGCGGCUCCGGAUUCGCAUGCGGCUCUUUGAGCAUACUUGCAGACCCCCCGUUUUUUCCGUACGGUUUCAGAAUUUCAGUUUCUCUUCCAAAAAUCUCCGGGGCAAAUAUCCUCCGAUUUUCACCCGGACAACAAUAUUGGGGACGUGCCGUGAUGGCAAUGCCUUUAACGUCCUCUGGAACAUAACGUCACAUCCGAUUUCAUACCAUUCUUUCUGCGUCCCGGCCAAUCACGUGUAGUGUGCGACCUCUGUUGUCACACACAAGUGACUGCAAGGCAUACUUGUUCAACAGCCAUACAGGUUACAGUGAGGGUUGUGAUAUAAAAGACUUUAACACUCUUACUAUUAUGCGCCACACUGUGAACCCACACCAAGCAAGAAUGACAAACACAUUUCGGGAGAACAUCCGCACUGUAACACAACACAACAAAUACCCAGAAUCCCAUACAUCCCUAACUAUUCCGGGCUACAUUAUACCCCCAAACCCCCGCACCCGUUGUUUUCUUCAUUUUGUGUAACGGGCCAAAAUGGCUCUUUGAGUGGUAAAGGUUGCCGACCCCUGGUCUAGAAGGAAGGCUUGGUUUGCAACUUUGCAGGGUUUUAGUCAUUUUGGCAAAGGACGCCUUUCAGGGCUCGUUGCAGUUCAGAUCUCACCUCAAGUGUUAAAUGUUUCUUUAGAAAAGAUCUCAAUCAUUAAUCCUGAAUUGAGUUAACUCAUGUAUAUCCGCCACUGUGGGAUGGCAAGAUACUUUAACGUGCAAGUCUUAUUUUCAAAAGGGAACACAAGUACUGUGAACCAAGUACUGUGGAACCUCGAUUUACCGACCUAAUUGGUUCUUGAACCUGGUUUGCAAAUUAAGAAGUUUGUAUAGUGGAGCCGAUUUCCCCGUUAGAAACAAUGUAAACAUGAAUAAAUGUUUCUAGCCUCGACAAAUUUCCCUAUUUUAUAAAAACUAUUUUUGUCCAAGUGUCCAAAACACAGCCAGCAAUGGUGCACAGGAAGGCGGGGAAGAAGAGGGGGAAAAGGCGGCCAAAAUGUUCAAAAGUCCCAAUUGUGUCCUAAAUACCUCCCCGGGGUUCCAGUCCCACGAGUCCCGCCGCCGGCCACACAAAUCCCGGGAUACAAUAAAUGUCCCAAAACGCACCCAGCAAAGUCCCACGGGAAGUAGGGGGGAAAAAUGAGAAAAGUCGGCAAAAGUCCCCCAAAAUUUUCAAAAUACCUACCCAGGUUCGAGUCCCACCCGGGUUCGAGUUUGAGUUUGAGUUCACACUCAAACCCGGGUGGGACUUUUGAACAUUUCCCCGACUUUUCUCACUUUUCUCCCCACCUUCCCGUGGGACUUUGCCGGGCGUGUUUUGGACAUUCUGGGCAUCCCGGCCGGCGGCAGAACUUGUGGGACUCAAACCUGUGUAGGUAUUUUGGACAUUUUUGGGACUUUUUCUGACUUUUCCAACUUUCAUCCCCCCUCCCCAUGGGACUCGGCUUGGUGUGUUAUGGACAUUUUGGGCAUCCCGGGACUUGCGCGGCCAUACAUAAGAUUUUAUGUUAGAGUGUUUUACUUGUUUUAAGUGUUUUGCUCCUAAAUGAUCUCAGUAAGAUAUUACAGCUUGUAGCUGAGAUUUGAUGAAACUAUAUUGAGUAAAACAUGCUUGAAACGAGAAUAUCAAAUGUUGCAAAGCUGUGUCAUCAACAUUUACAAGUAUAAAACUACUUUUUAAAGUAAGAAUUUCUUAUUUUAAGAAUGUAAAACAAAAUCAUGACUUUGACACAAUUGUUUCUUAUAUUAAAACAGAUGACAGCCAAAUAGACUUUGCCGUUUUAUAUUCAAUGAAACAAUAGAACGUACGUACUCGUAUACUGUAGUAGUGCACUUGUUAUUAGUGAGAAUAUACUUAUUUUAAGGUAUUUUUGGGUUCAUUGAAGUUAGCUAAUUUUACUUGUUUCUGAAAGUCUUGACAAGCCAAAUUUUCUUGUUCUAUUGGCAGAUAGUUUUGCGUAGUUCAAGUAAAAUACCCUUCAUUUUUGUAUUUUUUUUUUUUCUUGUUUUUGAACACUGACUUUUUGCAGUGUAAUUUUAGGAAAAUUAAUACAAAAACUCACAAUAAAGUCUGAUUGAAUGAAAUUUUUUUUAUGACAGACCGCCUUAAAAACGGAAUGGUAUUUAAUUUUUUUUCUAUGAAGGAUAAAACCCUGAAUAUUGAGAACAUGUGAACGUCAUCACAUAUUAUUACCUUUUUCAUCACAUAUUAUUACCUUUUUCGUCACAUAUCACAUUUUUCAUCACAUAUUAUUACCUUUUUCAUCACAUAUUAUUACCUUUUUAGUCACAUAUCACCUUUUUCAUCACAUAUUAUUACCUUUUUAAUCACAUAUUACCUCUUUCAUCACAUAUUAUUACCUUUUUAAUCACAUAUGACCUUUUUCAUCACAUAUUAUUACCUUUUUCAUCACAUAUGAUCUUUUUCAUCACAUAUUAUUACCUUUUUCAUCACAUAUGACCUUUUUCAUCACAUAUUACCUUUUUCAUCACAUAUGACCUUUUUCAUCACAUAUGACCUUUUUCAUCAAAUAUUAUUACCUUUUUCAUCACAUAUGACCUUUUUCAUCACAUAUUAUUACCUUUUUAAUCACAUAUGACCUUUUUCAUCACAUAUUAUUACCUUUUUCAUCACAUAUGAUCUUUUUCAUCACAUAUUAUUACCUUUU